GGAUGCUCGGAGGGGUCUGUGACCCGCCGGGCUUCAAACCCCUCAAAAACCAUGGGGUUUGGUGCACACUGCCAAGUGGGGCGCUCUGCCAAGCUCGUGGUGGCAAGGGGCAGCCGUGUCCCCAGGGCAGGAGGUGAAUCAACCCCCCGGGGGCUGGCUCAGGACUGUCCGUGGGGCUCACACCUCAGCGGUGACGGCAGCGCUGACCGGCCGUGCCUUUCCGGGCACAGACAGCUCCAAGGGGCCCCGGGGUGCCCGAUCCCGUUUGUCCUGAUUCCUGGAGAGGGAGGUGUGGAGGCCUGAAUGGCUCCUUUCGGGAUCAGCCCAGCAAUUUUCCAGCCCGCCGCAUCAGCUGAGCGCUCUCCUCAGCGAGCACUGAGCCUGAAUCCCCGCAGCAUGUGCCACGUGCGGGACAUGACGUGCGUCAUGAGUGUCGCCCGGUUAAUGGCCAGCAUCCCGCUCAGCCUGCCAGUCGCAGCCUGCACCCCCCGCUGUGUGCCCCGUCCAGCAGGCUGCACCCGCUGCCGCCGGCAAACCCAGGCAGGUCUUGGUGGUGCCGGCCUGGUGCCGGGGCGCCCGUGCUCCCCGCGGCAUGGAUGCGUGGUGCCGGCACAGCGCGGCGUUCGACUGCACGCCCCAGCCAGCUGCCUGCUGCCCCGACUGGAUGGCAGGGCUGCCCGACGCCCUGCCCCUCUCCCACCUCUCCAUCCCUGGCACCCACGACUCCCUCAGCCUGUUCGGCGGCCGGCGCCUGCGGUGCCAGAGCUGGGGCCUGGAGGCCCAGCUGGCGGCUGGUGUGCGCUUCUUGGACGUGCGCUGCAAGCUGGAGCGGGGCGAGCUCCGCGUCUACCACCUCUGCACCUUCCAGCGGGCCAGCCUGCGGGGCGUCCUGCGCCGCACCCUGCGCUUCCUCCGCGCCCACCCCGGCGAGGCCGUGCUCAUGCGCAUCAAGGAGGAGCUGCCCUUCUUCUCCCGGCCUGGCUUUGCCGCCCGGCUCCAGCGCUGCUUGCUGGAGGAGGGACGGGGCCGCCUGUGGUGCCGCGAGGAGGUGCCCACGCUGGGCCAGGUGCGGGGCAAGAUCGUGGUGCUGGAGGCGCUGGAGCAGGCGGUGCUGGGCAUCCCCUACGAGCAGCUGAGCAUCAGCGAUGCCUGGAACGUGCUCUCGCUGGAGAGAAAAUGGGCCCGAGCGCGGCGACACCUGGAGGCGGCGGCCAGCGGGGACCCCACCAAGAUGCACCUCACCUUCUGCUCCGGCAACGGGCUCUUCACCUGCCCCGAGGAGGUGGCCCGCUUCGUCAACCCCCGCUGCUACCGGCACCUGCGGCGCCGGUCGGGGCAGGCGGUGCGCUGGGGGGUGGUCAUCAUGGACUUCCCCGGGGCAGGCCUCCUCCGGCUCAUCGUGGAGAGCAACGCCCCGUGGGCGAGCGGGCGCGUCACGGCAGAACGCGGCACCCCCACGGCACCCCGGCGGCGGAGGGCACGGGCGCUGCGGGCAGCACCGCUGGGGCCGGUGUCCCCCGUGCCGCUGCCAGCCCCACGCGUCUGCCGAACGAUGUCGGCGCCCUUGGGGAAGAAGAGUGGCCGUAGCUCCCGUGUGGCACCGCGAAGCUUUCGUGCGGCGGCUGUGUGACAGCGCUGGGGCCGGGUCGGAGGCGGGCAGCCCCCAGCUGCCCCGGUGCAUCGCGUCCCACCAGGAGCCAGGUACGGUCUCGGAGUGGGGGGAGUGAAGCCCGGCGUGGGUCUGGCUCUGUGAAGUCCCCAGCAGAGCAGCAGGGAUGGGGUGGAGGGGGAAGAUCCUGCCCUGCCUCCCCUUGGGACCGGUGAAUUCACCUGGAUGUGCCCUGCGGCACAGCCCUUGCCCUUUCCAUGAAUAAUAAAAAGAAGAUAGGAAAUCAUUUCCUAUGUUUCCUUGCCAUUUCCCAGCAGAAAAGUGCAAAAUAGCAUGGAAAAGCCCCUUUGCUUUUCCUGCUUAGCAGAAAAAGAGCCCAUAGCCCUCUGUCCACUGCCAAAGCACAGCGAAAAUUGGUGUUUGCAGCCAUCUUGCUCUUAAACCACAGCUGUGGGAGGCUGUGGGAAGGAGGAAUUAAUUUCAAAAGUGACAACAAAGUGUUGGGAACAUCCUUCCCCUCGUUUUUUUAGGUGUUGUUAUUUGUUUUUCUUGCAGGGGCUUGCCCCCAAAGUCAGGACUGUUAGAAAGGCAACUUCAGCCAACCCUGCAACAAAUGGCGGGGCGAGAAGGCAGGAGAAAUGUCCCCGUCACUCUGCUCGUCCUGCAGGCACCCAGGGACAGCAGCGAGGAAAGGAGAAGAGGAGAGGAGAGCUUUCCAAGGAGCAAGGAAGGAGGGUGCCGGCAGGGGAGGGCUCGGACCUCCCCUCCCGUGAACCUGGGCCAGUUACAGCGAGGUGUCCCGUGCAGAAGGGGUUUUUCCAUGGCUGGUACAUUGGGCACACACGGAGAGCUGGUAGGACAGAGCAAAAGGGAGUAAACCCCCACGCACCUGCAGAAAAUAACCCAGCGAUUUAAGUGCUGACCGGGGAGCUGCCGGACGCCCAAGCUACAUGGAGCAGAAAGAGAACCAAGGCCUGUCUGGUGCAGAAAGCAUCAAACCGCUGACUGCGUUCAACAAGGAGGGGUCAGAAAGCGCAAGGCAGGGUGCUCGCCCAGGACUGGUGAGAAGAGGAAGGCUCAUCCCCGGCCUGCCAAAAGGUGAAGAACACGCUCAAGGAUGCUUCUGUGUCAGGGAAAAAUAGAGCUGGCCUCGCUGUGUGUGCAAGGGUGCCUCAGGAUUUCCUGGCGGGAGGAGAGGACAUUGUUUGCUCCGCAGGAC